UCUCGCGAUUUCGUAAAAGCCGGAGCAAAGCAGGUGAUGUGAGACCUGCAUGCCACAACCAGUUGGAGAGCAAUGUGAGAACCACGAACUGCGACCACUGCAACAUCAGCACAUACAACAAAGUUCCAGGAACGAAAAUUGGGUUGCGUGUAGUAGAUGAUGACGUCUGUGUCGGCGCCAUCUAAUGUCCACGUGUCUAUUAUCAGCCCCGUGACAUGCCCUGACCAGGUCCUCGUGUCUCAGGGUGGAACGUCCUCCGCCAGGAUGAACUACGUGCAGGACGACCGGCUCCAGAACUCCACCAAACUCAUCAACAUGAAGAACCUGGUGCAGGACGAGAAACUGGUAGUCGCCACGCUGGCCACGUUGCAGUCUGGCGGCCCCAGCGACAUCAUUAAAGAGGAGCUCAAGUACAUCAUCCAGUCUCGGAGAGUGGCGGAAGGGAAAGGGGAACUUAAAGUUGACUUUAGUCCACCCGAGAAAAAUGAGCUUACACCAGAAGAACUUAAAAAGGUUGAAAAAAGGAAAGAACAAAAUAGAAUUGCAGCCAGACGUUUUCGGCAGAAGCGACAAGAAAAAAACUGGACUCUGAUUUGCCAACUGGAACAGCUGGAGGAAUACAACAUGCUUCUCCGAGAGAAGCUGUCCAAGCUGAGUGAAGAGAUGCAGACACUGCGUGGGUCCAUCCUCUCCCACGUCAACACCUGCCCCUGCGACGGCCAGCACAGCCUCAUGAGAGAACUCAAGCCGAACAACACAUACCUGCCGUUGUCAUGACAACAGAUUCACUCAACUUCCUUACUACUGCCAUAAUAUCGCACCAAAAUAGAGUAAACUCUGUCCUGAUUUAGUGUCUACGUGCAUAUAACACAGAAAUGGACGUAUAGCAUUUGAAAAGAAAAUGUUGGGGAUGACUUGUUUGAACUCAAAUUGAGAUGGAAAGAAUCGUGUUUAGGCGUUUAUUGCAUGGCGCUAUGAUUGGCCCAGUAAUUGUGUUUAGGCGUUCAUGCAUGGCACUAUGAUUGGCCCAGUAAUUGUGUUUAGGCGUUUAUGCAUAGCGCUAUGAUUGGCCCAGUAAUUGUGUUAUGACAUUGUUGUCAAAGUAAGGCCAGGCUUCAGUAGGUAGUUGUAGUUAUGGGUUAUGUAAGCCGGUUGUCCCUGCUGAAAAGUCAGAAAUACCCGCUGGGGUUAAAUCAUCGUUUUGUUAGGAAGGUCUCACUGAGUGUGGGAAGGGCACACCCAUAAUGUCAUAGAAGAUGUUUCUCCAAAAAGAGCUCGUAGGGAGAACGGAGCAGAUAGUUUUCAACAGCUGGUCAGGAAAUGGUUUGUAAAAGUGAAAUGUUUCAGUUAAGGCAUUAAAAUUAGUGAUGUUACUUUGAGUGAGGUGAGUGAAUGAGGGUGUGGUCUUUGAGGAAGGGGAGACAACUCCUAAUGAGGCAUCAGUCUGAGACAUAUCAUUGAGGGAAAGAGUUUUCAUACAAAUCAGGUUCAUGUUUGAUGCAACGUACACCAAUUGUUGGUUCAUGUGUUUGAUGUAACUGUGUGGACUACGGAAAGUGCCUGCUGAAGAAGAAGUAUCUAUUUUGAAGGUGAAUGUAUUGGUAUUGUCCUGGAUAUUGUAAGAGUACUUUUUUACGUGGCAUUAAAGAAAAAUUAUGCAUUUUAUACCAAAGCAAUUUCACGUUGAUAAGUUGUAUGUUUUUUGUUUGAAAAUGUUGUACAAUGUUGAUUAUGUUAAAGUUUUGUUAUAUAUAUAAAUGCUCUACGUAUUUACGGCCGUAUAUCUACUUGAUGGGCUGAAAACACUUGCUCUACCGUUAUGUUUUGGUGUAUUUUUUUGUAAGUAUUUAUUUGAUACAGUAUAGGGCAUCAUUCCAUCUGAGUUUUGUUACAUUGGAGAACAGUUGAAUGUGGUGUGGACGAGUUUGUGUUUCUAUUAGUUUUUUUGUGUGUCAGUUUGUUGAGACUGAAGUUUGGUGUUGUAAACGUUUACCCAGGAUUUCACUGUUUGGAAUCAUGUACAGAAGAACUUUAGUACGUCUUUAGUUGCAUCAAUUUUUUUUUAAAUUGUUUGUGAGAUUUUAAAACUUGGAUUCUAUUACCAGCAGAAUUGUGUGGUUCCUGGUACAUGUACUUACCUCUCUGGGUUAAAAUGAACCCUUUGACAAUAAAUAUUUUCAAUUUUAUGAUAGCAAAAUACAAACUUGAAAACUUGUUAAACAAGUAUGUGUGAGGCCGUUUGUAAACAUGUGAAAUCAUGUACGAGGGAGCUACAGUGAUGUUUUGAUGUUGUUUUUUACAACUUUGUACAACUUGUUUAUAGCUGAAUAUCAUAUUACAUGGAGAAUACCACUCUUACCCUCUUUAACAGUUGGUUUGAACAAUCGAUGCUAUGUUUGCCUACCUACACGCCUUUACUAAGCGAGCAAUGUAGUGUUGACUGCUACCUCACCUGUCUUGGACUUUACUACCAGAAACCGUUUAACAUUUUGUUGAUAAAUAGUGUGAAAUCUUUUUGAGAUUACAUGUGAAUUGUAGUUUGAGAAAUAAUUUCAUUGUUGAAUACUUGAGCUGGGAUGGGUUACUUGGGUACUUGGGUUGGGUGGGUACUGAGAAGGACCCAGGUACCCUCAGGACUACCCAGACACCUGGUUAGUCACGUGAUAUAUUGUUUAAUAACAAAAAUUAUCUAGAACUCUAUGGUUACACUACAAGUCGCUAAUGUUCACUUUCCUUCGGACUUUUGUACAUACAGUUUGAAUAAAGGUAAAGCUUCAGUCAACUUCAGUGUAUGCAUGGCCAGAUCAUUUUAUAUAUGUAUCUAAAUACAUGUUACCAAGGUUGCAGUCAAACUAUUCCCAAUCAGACUUUUGGUAAACAUCUCUUAAGACCAACAGCAGGUUCCUAGGUGGGGUAGGGUAGGGUAAUAGAGGUUUAGGUACCCGGGUAGUAAAGUUGGACUCGUACUUGAAUACUGUACUUGAUGUUGGGUGAAACCUUGGAUGGCUAUACCCAGUUGAUCCCUGCCUUUCUGGGGAUUUCUGUCAAAAUCUCUUCAUAGAGAAAAUAGGGCGUUCCUACUUAUGACGGAUUUAUUCAGGAUUCCAAACUUAAUGCCCUUAGAAGUUUAAUUUUGGGGGAAAGUUCAGUUCAAAUUUUUCAGUGAAAUACAAGUCAAUCAACUGAGCCAUAACGUAAGGGCGGUCGGGUAGCCUAGUGGUUAAAGCGUUCACUCGUCCAGCAAAGACCUGGGUUCGAUUCCCGACAUGGGUACAAUGUGUGAAGCCCAUUUCUGGUGUACCAGUACAUAGUACCAUCUUGAUUGUUAUUUACCCAGAGACAAUACAAUUUUUGUAAUUGUGGCCAGUUAUCGAAAACUGAUUCCACAUUGUUUGUUCUGUACUAAGCUUCUGAUUAUUCUUUUGAAUAAUAAUAAUGAUAAUAAUAGGAAAUUGCUGUGUCCAAUCUCAUUAAAAUCAGAUUUUAGUUCUCGCUAUUGCUAAACAAAGAUCUGAGGACAUCCCAUUACGGGUCAUGUCAGAACGACC